UUCAGUUCCUGACUCCGUUCUGCAGCUCUGAUUGAUCAGUAGCAGCUUGAUUACAAUAAUUUUUGUCAUCCGCGUUGACCUGGUAUUUGAGUUAUAUUGGAUUUAUACUGGAUUUAAAUGGACCCACAACACUUUGAGGAAGAAAAAAAAAAUACUCCGCAGUUCAUCCACUCUUAGUUUGGGGGUUCCCAAGAGUAUGGCUAUGGAAGCCACCAAAAUAGCUAUAGAUGCGGGAUUCCGCCAUAUUGAUUCAGCUUAUUUCUACCAAAAUGAGGAGGAAGUAGGGUUGGCCAUCCGAAGCAAGAUUGCUGAUGGCACUGUGAAGAGAGAAGAUAUAUUCUACACUUCAAAGCUUUCCCCCACAUGUCAUAGACCAGAGCUGGUCCAGCCUUGCUUGGAACAAUCACUGAAAAAGCUUCAGCUGGAUUAUGUUGACCUCUAUCUUAUUCAUUUCCCAGUGUCAAUGAAGCCAGGCAAUGAUCUUUGUCCAAUGUAUGAAAAUGGGAAGUUAGUAUUUGACACAGUGGAUCUACGUGACACAUGGGAGGCCAUGGAGAAGUGUAAAGAUGCAGGGUUAGCCAAGUCCAUCGGGGUGUCCAACUUUAACCGCAGGCAACUGGAGAUGAUCCUGAACAAGCCGGGGCUCAAGUACAAGCCUGUGUGCAACCAGGUAGAAUGUCAUCCUUACCUGAACCAGAGCAAGCUCCUGGAUUACUGCAAAUCAAAAGACAUUGUUCUGGUUGCCUAUGGUGCUCUAGGCACCCAACGGUGUAAGAAAUGGAUAGAGGAGGAUGCCCCAUAUCUCUUGGAAGACCCAACUCUUUGUGCCAUGGCAGAAAAACACAAGCAGACUCCAGCCCUGAUUUCCCUCCGGUAUCUGCUGCAGCGUGGAAUUGUGACUAUCGCCAAGAGUUUCAACGAGAAGCGGAUCAAGGAGAACAUAAAGGUUUUUGAGUUCCAGUUGCCAGCAGAGGACAUGGCAGUUCUAGAGAGGCUGAACAAAAAUUACCGAUAUGCUAUGGUUCAUAUUACUUCUGCUCACCCCAAUUAUCCAUAUUCGGAUGAAUAUUAACAUGGAAGCCUUUGUCACGACAUCAGCCCGAAGGGAACAAUGUGUGAGAUGCUAUGAAUGCUGAUCACUGUCACCUCUGGGUGACGCUGACAUCACCGUCAACCCACACUGAACUGCACUGAGAGGGCUGAGCAUGGUGUUUUUGUGAUACUUGGAAGACAAUAAAGUUUUGGUCUAUGAGGUACAUGUAACCACCUCUGCUGUCUUUUAUUUGUAUGGUCUGUUUCCAUCUGAGUCACUAAAGUAAACUAGAAUUUGGGUGUUGACAGGGAAGGGAGUGAAUAGUCAGCUUGGAAGGAUUAGUGGUUGGGGGUGUGGAGUUGAGGAGAGAAGACUUGAACAAUCCUCUGCUUGAGAUUCAGGGAUAUGUUGAUAGGUUUACCAUUUAGACAAAAAAAGGACUUUUCUCCCAAGAGCCAGAGUUGAGGGUUAAACCUAAUGUCUUUGUGUAAUAUAAAGGGAUUCGUGCCAACACUGUGAGGAAUUCAUUGAGAGGCUGAAAACCAAAUUAACUGACAAGUGAAAAACUGCUGAGUACUUAUUCCGUGUCCAACUUGCUUAGUUUUAGAAAUAAAUUUGGAUUUGACAUGC